AUGGUUAUAACCUCCAUUCCUCAAAGUUGCUUGCCACAUUUGCCUACUCCGCUCUUUCUUACGACACAGAUAUGCUGCAUUUGUGAGGUGUUGGUACAGUUGGAGGACACAGACAGGCUCAGACAACUUUUUCAAUCCUUGCCCAGUCUCCUGAUCAAUCAGGCAUUGCUUGGCGGCUCGUUGGAGGACGACGGUCUAGCCACUCCCGAAAGCCAGACCGUCUGCCCCGCGGUGUGUAGUGCCUCUUUCAAUAUCACGCCGAACCAGCUUUCAACGAUUGAGCCCGAAUCGGACUAUUUCGUCGGUACAGCAUUCACCAGUAAAGCCACAACUGACCCCAAAGAGGCCAUCAAGUCGUCAAUCGCGGAAAGGGAACAUGAAUCCGGUGUCACGGCUGUACGGCAGCCCAGUUGGUCUACUAUUUGGUCUGGACAAAAUGUAUGCCCGACAGCCGUUAGACAAACGGGCUGGAGUGCAGAGAGUAACCCGAAAUCUGGCAAGCUUCCGGAAAACUACGGUAAUUUCAUUCAAUUUACAUUUUCUGAGAUGCAAUGCAAAAAAUAG